UCGCAUUCUCGAAUUUCUUGAGCAGCGUUCGAGUUCAAAAUGGCACAAGAUGUUUGCCCAACAAGAUCGGAGCCCUCAUUAUCUUUUCUCCAGGGUCUCAUCCUUGGGCAGCUGUCAGUAGUGCUGCUGAUUGCUGCCUUUAUCAAGUUCUUCAUCUUUGGCGAAGCGCCAUCGGCGGAAGAAACGGCGUCUAUCCGAGCCACCGAACGAAGGUCACGAACUCUUGCCCACAAGAAAUCUCUACUUAGUCUUCGGUCCGCAGCCACACAACGCCAGGGUUCCCAACCACCAGCCCUACCCGCCCUCAACAAGAAGAAAUCGAGCAUUCUCCGAUCGAAUCCGCCGACCCUGACCAUUGGCUCGAUUCUUGACAAGACUUACUACAAGGUGGACAGCCACCAACCUGAAAGUUUGGACUGGUUCAAUGUCUUGAUUGCCCAGACCAUUGCGCAGUUCCGCAGUGAUGCGCAGCAUGACGACGCCAUACUCACAUCUCUGAGCAAGACCCUCAACGGGACUUCGAGGCCGGAUUUUGUGGACGAGAUACGGGUUUCGGAGUUGAGCCUGGGGGAGGAUUUCCCGAUUUUCAGCAACUGCCGCAUCAUACCGGUGGACGAGGAUGGCCUCCAGUUUGGAGCAGGCAAGGCGUUUGAUCCCAAACAGGCUGCCAGGGAAGGUGCUCGUCUGCAGGCGAGGAUGGAUGUCGACCUCAGCGAUAUGAUUACUCUGGCUGUCGAGACAAAGCUCCUUCUCAACUUCCCCAAGCGACUGAGCGCAGUUCUUCCCGUGGCGUUGGCUGUGUCGGUUGUUCGUUUUAGCGGCACACUGUCCAUCUCAUUUAACCCAAGCAACCCUUCGGAAAACACGCCUACGAAAAUGACGUUCACGUUUCUCGACGAUUACCGACUGGAUUUCUCGAUUCGCAGUCUUCUGGGAAGUCGUUCAAGGUUGCAAGAUGUCCCCAAGAUUGCACAGCUGGUUGAGUCUCGUCUUCAUCGAUGGUUUGAUGAGCGAUGCGUUGAGCCAAGGUUCCAGGAGAUUGAGCUUCCCAGCAUGUGGCCUCGGAAAAAGAACACGCGCGGGGGUGAUGAGAUUAUCGCCAAUAUUGAGCAAUCAAUAAACAAAGCGCAUGGCGGUGCGAUUGCCAAGGAGGCUCGUCAAGAACUUGACACUGAGACGGACGGGCUCCGGUAUAGACGGCGGCCAGUGGGAGACGAUACUUACUCGGUAUCAGGCUCCAUGCCAGGUUCACUCCCAGGCAUCGACAUGCCUACAUGA